AUGAUCAGCGAUUAUUUCUUCCCUCAGCCGGCAGGUGGGGUUGAGAGUCAUAUAUACCAAUUGUCAACAAAACUGAUAGACCGGGGUCACAAAGUGAUUAUCAUUACUCAUCAGUAUGAAGGCCGUACCGGAGUAAGAUAUCUCACGAACGGGCUCAAGGUCUACCAUGUGCCGUUCUUCGUCAUCUACCGAGAAACGACGAUGCCCACCGUCUUCUCCUUCUUCCCGAUCUUCCGAAAUAUUGUGAUUCGCGAACAGAUUCAGAUUGUCCAUGGUCAUGCAAGCUUGAGUAGUUUCUGCAUUGAAGGGAUACUUCACGCCCGGACGAUGGGCCUGCGAACGGUGUUCACGGAUCACUCCUUGUUCGGCUUCGCAGACGCCGCUUCUAUCCUGACAAAUAAACUCCUGAAAUUUUGCCUGAGCGACGUUGACCACGUCAUCUGCGUCAGCCAUACAUGCAAAGAGAAUACUGUGCUUCGGGCAUCUUUAGACCCCUUGAUGGUCUCGGUCAUUCCCAAUGCAGUUGUUGCAGAAAAUUUCCAACCUCUCUCGUACACUCCGCACUCAAACUACCGCGUUCCAGGAGUACCACCAGACCGGCGAGCAGUGCCCCCUCAAAUCGGGCCCGACGAUACAAUCACAAUUGUUGUUAUCUCACGGCUGUUCUAUAACAAAGGUACUGACCUUUUAAUUGCGGCUAUUCCACGGAUCCUCGCAUCCCACCGCAAUGUCCGAUUUGUUAUUGCUGGUUCGGGCCCCAAAGCCAUCGACUUAGAGCAGAUGUUGGAAAGAAAUGUUCUGCAAGACAAGGUUGAAAUGCUGGGUUCCGUUCGCCAUGAAGAAGUCCGUGACGUUAUGGUCCGUGGGCAGAUCUAUCUGCACCCUAGCUUGACGGAGGCGUUUGGCACGGUCAUCGUCGAAGCGGCCAGUUGUGGUCUGUACGUUGUAUGUACUCGCGUGGGUGGCAUUCCAGAAGUACUGCCUCAGCAUAUGACGACCUUCGCAAAGCCCGAGGAAGACGAUAUCGUCAUUGCCACUGGCAAGGCAAUUGCAGCUUUGCGGUCCAACAAAGUGCGAACAGAUCGAUUUCAUGACCAAGUCAAGAUGAUGUACUCUUGGACAGAUGUGGCAGAGCGCACUGAGCGCGUCUACAAGGGCAUCUGUGGCGAUAUCAGUCAGGAGGAGUUUUACGGACGCUACUACGGCCAGGCCUGGAAAGCUAGUGAAGACCGAGUACGGAGCUUCGCGCUGAUCGAUCGACUCAAGCGCUACUACGGAUGCGGUGUCUGGGCAGGGAAACUGUUUUGUUUAUGCGUGGUUAUCGACUACCUGAUUUACGUUGUUUUGGAAAUGUGGUUCCCCCGCGCGAAAAUCGAUAUCGCGCGCAGCUGGCCUAAGAAGCUGCAUUCAUCAGGCGACAAACGGUUCAGUAUUUCUUCUCGCGGCCAUGACCGUCAAAACUCGGGCUCAUCGCAUCACUGA